CCCCCGUGGCAGUGCCGGACCGGCGCGCCGCGGGCAGCCCGGGGCCUCGGCGGGGCCUGGCGGCGGCAAGAUGGCGCCCAAAAAGAAAGGCGGCGGCAAGGGAGCGAAGGGCGGUGGCGAUGACAGCGGCAGCGGCGAGAGCAAAGCCCAGGGCCCGAAGGGAGGCGGCAGCGCUGUGAAGGUGCGGCACAUCCUGUGUGAGAAGCACGGCAAGGCCAUGGAGGCCAUGGAGAAGCUGAGGUCUGGCCAGCGCUUCAGUGAGGUUGCCUCGCAGUACAGCGAGGACAAAGCCAGGCAAGGGGGAGACUUGGGCUGGAUGAGCAGAGGCUCCAUGGUGGGACCUUUCCAGGACGCAGCGUUCGCCCUGCCCGUGAGCAGCAUGGACAAGCCAGUGUACACAGACCCUCCUGUCAAAACCAAGUUCGGGUACCACAUUAUCAUGGUGGAGGGCAGAAAAUAAAGUGUGACUCAUUGAAUGCUUGAUUCUCAAGAGCUUCCCAGACACCUCGGCUGUGGAGCAGGUCAGUGGUGACCAGCAGCGUACCCAGAGGCAGCAGCUGCCCCUCUUGUUGUGGCAGGACAACAGAGCACACCUGACAAGGAGCAGGGCCCUGUCUGGAGCAGUAAAGUGUCCCCUUGAAGAGGCAAAACGAGCUUCUUGCUGUUGUUGGCAUGUUGUUGUCUUACUUUGCCUUGUGGAGACUCUGCUCUCAAUAAAUGAGGCCUUCCCUGGCUUUGA